AUGAUUGUAUUUACCGCUAUAUCUGGCGCUCAGAACGAGGAAGCACUAUGUUACUUAGUAGAAAUAGAGGGAAACGUAAAGAUAAUGCUAGAUUGUGGCUGGAACGACCAUUUUGAUUUGGAAGAUCUGAAACAUUUGAGAAGAGUAUCGAAACAAGUCGAUGUACUUUUACUCAGUCACCCCGAUCUCGCACAUUUAGGCGCGUUCCCGUACGCGUAUGGAAAUUUUGGGCUAACUUGUCCUGUGUAUGCUACUGUGCCAGUAGUACAUAUGGGUCGAAUGUGCAUGUACGAUUGUUAUCAGUCGAAAGCAAAUGAGGAAGAAUUCGAUACGUUUGCUUUAGAUAAUGUCGAUACGGCUUUUGAGAAAGUGACCUCGUUAAAGUAUUCACAACCGACCGCGUUGACAGGUAAGUGCCAAGGAAUCACAAUUACAGCGUAUUCCGCCGGACAUACACUUGGCGGAACUAUAUGGAAGAUAAAAAAGGACCCUGAGGAAAUUGUAUAUGCUGUUGAUUAUAAUCAUAAAAAAGAAAAACAUUUAGAUGGUACAGUAUUACACCUGAAUGGAGAAGUUCUUGAAGCUUUAAGUCGUCCUUCGUUAAUGAUAACCGAUGCGUAUAACUCUCUUAUUGUUCAUCCACCGAGAAAAUUUCGAGAUAACGCGUUAUUUGAAACUAUUAUUAAAACAUUGCAAAAUGAAGGAGGAAACGUAUUAAUCCCAACAGAUUCAUCAGCCAGAGUUUUAGAAUUGACGUAUCUUUUAGAUCAGUAUUGGACAGCGAAUCAUAUUCAAUAUCCAUUAAUUCUAAUGACUCACCAAAGUUAUCGAACACUUCAAUAUGCAAAAAGUAUGCUUGAAUGGAUGGGUGAUGCGAUUAAUAGACAAUUUGAUACCUCGAGAGAAAAUCCUUUUGAAUUUAGAUAUCUUCGAUUGUGCCAUAGAUAUAAAGAUCUUGCAAAGUAUCCAGGUCUAAAAGUUGUUCUUGCUAGCAAUGUCAGUCUGGAAACUGGAUAUGCGCGAGAGUUAUUUUUGGAGUGGGGAACGGACAAAAGAAAUGUUUUGAUACUUACGGAUCGUGGUCCCCCAAAUUCAUUAGCAAGAUAUUUAUAUACGAAUUGGGAAGAAUCAACGUCAUCACAACCAGCUGUAGAUACAUUAGCAUCGGCUGCACAACAAUCACAGCAACCAGCCAUUAAAACUACUAUUCGCAAAAAGAUCCCACUAGAAGGAGCUGAGCUUAUAGAAUAUAAUGCAGAAAGACGUACUCGAAUGGAACGAGAAGCAGCCGAAGCAGCUUUACGCGCCAAGUCAAAAAUGAUUAUCGAAGAUGACGAGUCUGAUCAUUCCGAAUCUGACGAGGUUGACGAUGACGAUAUGGAGGAACUAUUGUCGACACAAUUUGAUUUAUAUAUUAAAGACGCGACAAAAUCCGGUGGAUUUUUUAAACAGACUCAGAGUUAUCGCAUGUUUCCAUAUGUGGAGAAGCGUAAACGAUUUGACGAAUAUGGGGAAACUCUUCAGACAGAUGGAUUUCUUAAAAGUAUACACACUAUGGAUCAUAUAGAAGAUGGAAAAGGAAAUGAGGGAAGUGAUAUUGAUAUGAAUGAAAGAGACGAUCCAAACUAUAAUUCUUCUGAAUUUGAUGUACCGACUAAAUAUGUGUCAUAUAAUCAAGACAUUGAGCUUCAAUGUCAGAUUAGAUUCAUUGAUUUCGAGGGUACAAAUGACGGUCGAUCUAUUAAAACAAUAGUGCCUCAAGUACAACCCCGUAAAUUGAUUAUCAUACAUGCAUCUCCAGACGCUACCACUGAUUUCAAACAAAGUUGUCUAGCGAUUGAAUCCAUGACGAGAGAUAUAUACACACCAGCAAUCGGUGAAAUAUUAAAUGUUUCAGCAGAAAUAAAGUUCUAUCCUGUGAAACUGACAGACGCGUUAGUCAGUUCUUUGAAAUUCUCAAAGUUAGAUGACUAUGAUCUCGCAUACGUCACCGGAAAAAUCCAUAUUCCUUUGGACUCCGAUGUUGCGGUGUUAGACGUGGAUAAGUCUGAGCAAGCAAAUAUUCGACAGCCUGUAUUUGUUGGUGAAGUUAAACUGACAGAACUCAAACGCGUCUUACAAACUGAAGGGAUUACUGCCGAAUUCAAAGGCGAAGGUGUGUUAGUAUGUAAUGAACGAGUGGCUGUUCGUAAGACAACGGCUGGCGAAAUAAUUCUCGAAGGUUCUCUGUCGGAAGAUUACUAUAAAAUUCGUAAUUUGGUGUAUGGACAACACGCAAUUUUAUUACUAUUGAUUUUGAUCGACAUAUUGCGCAAAAAAAAUUCAGUCGAAAAAUUGCAUCUAACCAAACCACCAACCACCUCUCAUAAAGAAAUGUCCACGCGAACUUUACGAGCAGUUAAACCAAUAUGCGAGCGUUUAUUGCUCGGGCCAAAGUUCCACGCGAACACAAACAAAGCUUUAACAACGAUACUACUUUCGAGAAAUGUCACUAAGAAUUGGUAUGCUGCCGCCAACGCUGUUCCAAUUGCUGCUGAUGUUUCUUCACCGCCACCACUGCCUCCUCCUGCUGGUGAUAAUACUUCCUAUGAUUCCAUUGCAUUAACCGCGGAAGAACUUGAGACGGUCAGCAUGAAUAGAGAACUCUUGAAAUUGACAAGAGGGGGGACUUAUGUUGAUCUAUACAAUCAUUGCCAAAAUAUGAAAAAUCGAGGGAUCAAACCAAACACGAAAACUUAUAAUCUUUUACUUCAAGUAUACCACCGUGAAGGUUUAUACCAAGAGUGCACGCGAUUACUCCAUGAAAUGAUUGAGCAUGGAAUUCCACCUGAUUUGGAUACAUUCAAUUACGUAUUAUUGUCGACAUCAUUUGCACAAACAGGAAUAUAUCGUGAACAUGUAUGGAGUCUAUUCGAGAAACACAAUCUGAUACCAACUCCUCUUACUUAUGAACAUUAUCUUGAAGGCUUCAUAGUUUUAGAAGAAUUAGAACAUGUUCUCGAUGUUCUCAAUGAAAUAAUUGAAAAGAGGUUCAUUAUACCGACCGCGAAAACGUUUUGGCACACUAUAAAGUUGGCAAUUGCACUAAACGAAGUUGAUUUGGCAUUAGAAACAUUGUUUAAAUUUGAAAAAUGUUACAAGUAUGUAUUGCCCUCAAUAUAUAUGGAAAUUUUGAGAUGUUGCGCAACUCAUUUUCAUAUCGAAGGUAUUCUUUAUUGCUGGAAAAAAACAGUGGACGAUGCAAAUUUGAUACCUGAUCAAGGAGUAUGUCUAAGUAUUAUUAAUGCAGCAGCUAGAAAUGGAAAACCUGAUUUAGCCACAACAGUCGUCAAAUCACUUGUAACAAAGCGUAUUAAAAUUGAAGAAGAGCAUUUUGCCGCGCUUUUGGCAUCAUAUGUUGCUGCUGGUGAUCUGAGACGUGCUUUCAACGUAUUGCAACUGGCACGCGAUUCGGGGGCUGAACCGAAUUAUGUAACAGCUUUUCCAAUCACCAAUCUUAUCGAGAAGGAUGUUGAAAAGAUUAACGAUGCUUAUUAUACUCUGGAAGAGCUCCGUUCAAAAGGUAGAAACGUAGACGUAUCAGCCUUGAAUGCAAUAAUUAAAGCCUGUCGCUUUGUCAAAUACAUUAAAGAGACCAGGUCCCGUGAAGCUGAUAUACACAGAGCUGUAGAGAUUUAUAAUCAAACCGAAAAACUUAAUAUAAAGCCAAACGCGGAAACCUUCGAAAUGCUUAUUCAGUGUUGCCUUACUAUAAAACAUCGCCCCCUUGGUCAACAAUUCUUUAACGAAAUGCGUAGUCGAGGUAUUGAUCCAUCUUCUCGAGUCUUCACCGCUAUGAUUCAACUAACGUGUACUGACACAGAUUACGAGGAUGCAUUCACUUUGCUCGAGGAAAUGAAAUCGCGUAAUAUUUUACCACCAAUAACUGUUUACGAAGCGAUUGUUAGCAAAUGUGCACUACAUCGAGAUCCCAGAGCAAAUAUUGCUUUGGAGGAGAUGCAAACUGUUGGUUAUUUACCUUCACCAGAACUUUUUAGAUUUGUCAAAACAGGAAUUACGCCAAAAUCAAAUAUGUUAAAUUACACCAGACAAGAAACAGAGACAAUCGAAAAUACAAAUCGAGAACCUAAUAUUCCUGCGAAUCCGGAAUUAGAUAUGCUUCAAGCAGCGCUUGAUAAUUUGGGUGGGGAUGAUUCCAACUUUAAUAUUCCAAAUCUUAAUCAAGACAAUUAG